GUGAAGUCCUGCUGCGCUGCCUUCGCUUUGGUUGAGAAUCAGAUGUCGCUGUGCAUCAUUGCCAUCAAUCUCAUCACUGGAGAAAGCUGAGCAAGAUGAUUCUUCGAUGGCUGUGGCAGAGGUCGGCACUUGCGCUAUGGGUGCUACGAACGAAUGGUUCUGCAUUUGAUUUCGGCGCUUUCCGAAAAUAAUAGUGGGAGCAAGAGUAUAGCCUAUUGGAUCUGAAUCAGAAGCGACGCAGUUGCCACGCACCCGAAGCGAUGGUGACGGAGCUCGUGGAAGCGAGCAUGGAAUUGGAGUUUGACUCGGACACACCGAGACGACACGCUUCUCUAGUUCGUGCUCGACCCGUUCAUGUUAUCAGCAGGAUUGCGAGGCAUUUCCGAAAACUUGGUGUCAGUCACCUGGAUGUGUUCCUGCUGGUCGUUCACGCAAUGCUCUUUGCCGCUGCUCUGCUUGGCCUGGGCUUGGUCACGCUGAGUGCCCGCUACAUGCUCCACGGCGUCGACAUCUACCAAUACAAUUACGGAACACAGGAGUACAAACGUGCGUUCAUCGCCAACUGCCUCUGCCCUGGCUUACUGUCGAUAAUCACAGCAGUGUUUUUCCUCAUCAAAAAGUCGAGAAGGCAACGCAAAGCCUCACUGAAGCAUCGCUCAGCAAUAACGACCGCCGUCGCUCUUCUCUUACUACUGUUUGAGUUGGUGACAUCGAUAGGCAGCAUGGUGAUGGCAUCAUCCACUGUUGGUGCAAUCCAAUACAUGCAGGUGAAUAGAUACACAGACUUUGGAGAUCAGUGUGACUAUCUGCCGGAUUUGUCUCAGUGUCAUUGUCGCAUGCUCUAUGUAACUGGUGUGGAUACAUGCUCUGAGAUAUUCGAUUUACUACCAGCAUUGCAGAAUUUAGUGGCAAUUUUCUCAGCUCUUAUCGUGAUCCUUGUUUCUAGUUGUCUGGUGAUCACACUGAGUUGCUCACUGGCUACGUUGCCACAUCAUCUCCACAGACAACUAGGUAAAGUCUGGCGGCGCCUGCACCGUUAGAUUGUGAGGAGUGUAUGCAAGUCUUACGAGCUGUUUAUACAGAGGAAGGACAUUCGCAGGACCGGGGCGCCGCUAGUAUACACCAACCUGACGAGUGUUCCUUUCGCCUGCUAUCAUCAGGAAAGUGCCUCAGCAGUUUUCUGGAGUCUCACUACGCCUGUGAGGUUUGCUCUGGACGGUUAUGUCUGUUGGUCGGUUGUAUGUUUGCAUGGUCUGGGCAGCUGCAUCAAAGGACUGUGAGCCCAUAUGUGCAAUAGCGUAUAGAUUCGGUGUAUUAUCACCGUCUUGUAUUUCGGACCGUUGGCUAUAACACUAGUAGCGCCUACUCAGGCAGAGAUUCAACAGCCAAGCAAUUAGAGACAUUUGCUCCACAAUUUGCUUGACUCUGGGUGCCCGUUAGGUAUUUUCUGUUAUUUAUUUUUUAAAUAUGUAGCAUGAUCCAACCAAGGUGAGGCCUGUGCAAAAUGGCCAUCGUGUUGUGAUUUGAUGCGAUCCCUCUUCUUGAACCGCCUUGAAAGCUUGAUCAUCACUAUCUCUUUUAUUUUAUGUUUAUCUGAAGAAGGAAAUGGAACUGAUCUACUAGCAUGAUCUA